GAAGAAGAAGAAGAAGAAAUAUGACCAAUCAGAAGCUGCCAGGAGGCUAACUGCUGCUACAAGCUUUAAAGAAUGUUUGGGAAACUUUUAUUUUCGCUCUUUUUCCUUCUUUUUUUCUACAAUCCUGUUGCAGAUGCACAGAAGAAGAAAGAGACUCUGCUUUCAGAGAAGGUCACCCAAAUGAUGGAGUGGGCCUCCAAACGUUCAGUCAUCAGGAUGAACGGAGAUAAAUUUCGGCGGUUUGUUAAAGCUCCUCCCAGAAACUACUCUGUGGUCAUCAUGUUCACGGCACUGCAGCCACAAAGGCAGUGUGGAGUCUGCAGGCAAGCUGAUGAGGAGUUUCAGAUUUUGGCAAACUCUUGGCGUUAUUCCUCUGCCUUUACCAACAAAGUUUUCUUUGCAUCUGUCGACUUUGAUGAAGGAUCAGAUGUCUUUCAAAUGCUAAACAUGAAUUCAGCUCCAACCUUCAUCCAUUUUCCUUCAAAAGGGAAACCUCGCAGGUCUGACACCUACGAACUGCAGGUCAGAGGAUUUGCUGCUGAGCAACUGGCUCGUUGGGUGGCAGACAGGACUGACGUGCAGAUUCGUGUUAUUCGUCCUCCGAACUAUGCAGGGCCCCUGCUCUUGGGCUUCCUCUUGGCUGUGAUCGGUGGACUGGCAUAUCUAAGGAGGCACAAUUUGGAGUUCUUGUUUAACAGGAAUGUCUGGGCCUUCUCUGCACUGUGCUUUGUCCUGAUCAUGACAUCAGGCCAGAUGUGGAACCACAUCCGAGGACCACCCUAUGCACACAAGAACCCCAGCACGGGACAAGUUAGUUACAUCCAUGGCAGCAGUCAGGCCCAGUUUGUGGCUGAGACACACAUCGUUCUGCUCUUCAAUGCUGCUAUUACUGCAGGAAUGGUGCUUCUGUGUGAGGCCUCUACAUCCGACCUGGAUGUCGGAAAAAGGAAGAUUAUGUGUGUAGCAGGCAUUGGGCUGGUGGUGCUCUUCUUCAGCUGGCUGCUGUCCAUUUUCAGAGCCAAGUACCACGGUUACCCGUACAGCUUCCUGAUCAGUUAAAGGUGAGCAGUCAUCCAGUGCACAGGGUGUCCCCCACAGUGAACGGCACACUGCAGGAGCCUGUGCCUCAUGUGACUUCAAGCCAUACAUCAUCAGUCUGAGCCGUGGCAAGAUGUGUGUCUGAGCCCUCGCCACCAGUUUACAUUCGCCAAAGUUAGUUUUACUGGAUUAAAAACAACACAGAAUCUGGAA